GUGUCAUUAAAAAACAUAUAUUUUCCUAAACUGAUUUCUGAAUUUCACAAAAAAAAAGAUUUUUAUACUAAUAUUUACUCUAUAAAUUACAAGAUUAUCUAUCAAUAAUUACUAAGGUUAACACAGUGAGAGACUACUGUUUAACAUGUUUCGGGCGAAUAUUUUCGACAAAUUACUUGAAAAAGCUACGUGUAGUCUACGUCUAGAUCCUGACUGGCCAUCUAUUUUGCAAAUUUGUGAUUUAAUAAGACAAAACGAUUGUUCACCAAAAUAUGCAGUGGCUGCAGUGAAGAAGAAACUUUACUCUCAAAAUCCGCACCAGGCCAUGUUUGCUUUGCUUACUCUUGAAAGCAUUGUGAAAAAUUGUGGUUCUGGAGUUCAUGAUGAGGUUACAUCAAAGGCAUUUUGUGAAAUGUUAAGGGAUUUAGUGAAAACCACAGCACAUGAAAAUUUAAAGAGCAAAAUUCUUGAAUUAAUUCAAGCUUGGGGGUUUGCAUUCAGGAACAAUCCAAAAUACAGAGCUGUCCAGGAUACAGUGAACAUUUUAAAAGCAGAGGGAUUCAAAUUUCCGCCACUCAAAGAAUCUGAUGCAAUGUUUUCUGCAGACACAGCUCCGGAAUGGGCCGAUGGGGAAGUUUGUCACAGGUGCCGUGUAGCUUUUUCUCUGAUGGUGCGACGUCAUCACUGUCGUGCCUGCGGACAGGUUUUUUGUCAACAGUGCAGCUCAAAAACUUCAACCUUACCGAAGUUUGGAAUUGAAAAAGAGGUUAGAGUCUGUGAUGCCUGCUUUGAUAAAGCAAGCCGACCUCCAUCUUCCACUGCUAAGAUUGAAAGUGUUGAUACCUCAAGUGAAUAUGGUGCAGCCCAACCUCAGAAACGGCCUGGGAAAUCGGCGGAGGAGCUUCAGGAGGAAGAAGAGUUGCAGCUGGCACUCGCGCUGAGUCAAUCCGAGGCAGAGCAGAAGGAGAAAGAAAAGGAGAGACGGUCACGUGCUUUCAUUGCACCAGAGCCCGUCACACAUCCUACGUUGUCGCCCACGCCGUCUUCAGUGAGCGCGUCACCUGAACAUAGUACUGUGGGCAACCCUGAGCUGUCGCGGUAUCUGGAUCGCAACUACUGGGAGCAGAGACUAUCACGGGACAGUGCCGCGCCCACCGCGCCCUCAUCUCAUGGCACCAACGAUGCUUCCGAGGAUUUCGCGAAGCCCUCGACAGCGAAGUCCCAAGAGGACGAGGCCGUAGACAAAGAGGUUGAUGACUUUGUGGAGACACUCAAGGCACAAGUUGAGAUCUUCGUUAACAGGAUGAAGAGCAACUCGUCUCGUGGUCGUUCAAUUGCAAAUGACACGUCCGUUCAGACUCUGUUCAUGAACAUCACCGCGAUGCACUCGAAACUCCUCAAGUACAUCCAACAGCAAGACGACAAACGAGUGUACUUAGAAAGUUUGCAGGACAAGAUAAGUCAAGUGCGUGACAGUCGCGCUGCCCUCGACACGCUCCGGGCUGAACACGUGCACCGUCUCGCACAAGCGGCGGAGGCGGCAGAGCGUCAGAGACAGAUGCAAAUGGCGACCAAACUACAGGCCAUGAGGAAGAAGAAGCACGAGUAUCUGCAGUAUCAGCGGCAACUGGCGCUCCAGAGAGUACAGGAACAAGAGAGAGAAAUGCAAAUGCGGCAAGAACAACAGAAACACCAAUAUAUGAUGUCAAGCACUGGAUUCUACAUGCCUGGUGUCUCUAUGCAUCAAUUUCAACCGGGAUUCCCUACAAACCAGAUGAUGUAUACAAACCCCUACCAUGCCCAAAUCCCUCAGACUACCGACGGAUCCGUAUCUAUGCCUGGACAAGCUCAAGUAUCUCAAGCCAACGUGCCAUUAAAUAUGAACCCGAUGGGCUCCAUUUCUGUCCCUCAAGCCAAUACCAACUUCGCUAUGUCAACAUCUGGAGUACAACUUUCGCAAGCGCCUCCAACAAUCCAAGGACCUAUGAGUCAACAGAAUAUGCGACCAAACAUGGGUCAGAUGCCAAUGCAGCAACAGCAAAUGAUGAUGCAGAUGCAACAAAUGCGCUUACAGCAACCAGGAGUUCACCAAAUGAUGACCCAAAACAUGCCGAAUGGACCUCCCCCCCAAAAUGCAAGCCAGCAAGUUCCCAAACAGAUGCCAAACCAAAACCAACCGAAUAUGAUGCCACCAAUGACAAUGGCACAACCUCAUCAAGCGAACCCGAAUAAUCCCAUGUAUAACAUGUCAGUGCCGAAUAUGAGGAUGUCGAUAAUGCAAAACCAACCUAACAACCCACAAAUACCAGUUUCAUAUCCGAUGAAUGCGCAGAAUCCUCAGGCGAGUCAACAAACAGCGAGUAUGCCACAAAUGGUGCACCAGUCAAUGCCUCCUCAUACAAUGUCCAUGCAGAACCCGACUCAGCAGAUGCCGCCGGGUCAACAGCCUCAAAUGACACAGCAUCAAUCUGUGCCUAUGCCUGGACAACCGCAGUUUCAAAACCCGCAAAUGAUGCCGCACGGUCAAAUACCUCAAAAUCAGUUACCAAAUCAAGGACAAAAUAUCCACCCAACAAAUAUGAUGCCGGUAUCAAUGCCGCAGCAGAUACAUCAAGGUCACAUGCAAAAUAUGCAUGUGCAGGGACCUCAGAAUAUGCAAGCCCAGCCUCCCCAGAACAUACAGGCACAAGUUGCCCAAAAUAUGCAAGCCCAGCCUCAGAAUACGCAGGCACAAGUACCCCAAAACAUGCAGGCGCAGGUGCCUCAAAAUAUGCAGGCCCAAUCUACCCAAAAAAUGCAGACACAAGCUACCCAAAAUCUGGGCCCGCAAAAUAUGCAAACACAAGGGCCUCAAAAUAUACCAGCAACCCAAAAUAUGCCUCAAGGUCCGCAAAGCUUGCAGAAUCAACAAAACAUGACCCACGGAAUGCAGCAAGGACAAGUUCCUGUCCAGUCUAACAUGCGAAUGCCGUCAAAUAUGCAGCAACAAGGCCAGAAUCCAAAUAUGCAAGGGCAAAUGAAAGCUCAGCAAAAUUUUGCAAACACACAAAACCAGCAACCAGCGUCUAACCAAACACAGACAAAUCAGCCACAAGUUAAACCAGAGCCAAACAACAAUGCCGCGGAACUGAUUAGUUUUGACUGAGACUUGAAAUAAAUUAGGGCUUCCAAUCCCGCAUUCUAUCCCUAAUCUCGGUAUGUGCGGGAGUCAACAUUGUCGUUUCCGCGGGAUCCCGUACUUAGUAACCAAUAUAUAAUGUAAGGCAUUUCUUCUGUUUCUCUGUACUCCCGUGGGAUAUCGUACUCGUAAUACCACAUUUCGAGUGACUUAAAAUGACUAGGGAUCUCGGAAUACCGACACUGGAAGCCCUAGACUAAGCACAUCGGCAGCAACACUUCAUUAAUUUUGGAAAACGGAAAUGCAACAAGUUGUCUAAAACAACGAUCAAAUUAAAUAUAAUAUACUAGAGGCCCUAUCGCAACUAAAUUAAUAACCAUCACGCAUAAUAUAUUAAUUGCUAUAAUUAUAAAUAUCGUGUCUAAUAAAUAUGACAAUCGAUUUGAUAUAACCUCCAAAGUUGCAAAAUAUAAUAAUAAAAUUGACAGCUGCUAGAUUAUUAUUGGCAUUAAUGAUGUUUCCAUAGUAUAAUAUGAUAUUAAUAAGCAAACCGAUUGAAAAUAAAUUAAAAUAUCAAAAUAUUUCCAACUUCUCUCUGGACUCACAAAAUUAUGAAGAUUUUAAUUAUUAACUAUAUAUUGCUUAAGUAGAAUAUUGCAAAUAUUAACAUAUUUCACUAGAAUUGCAUUGUUUUUCAUCACUAUGAAUGUGAACAUUAGAAUAGAAUAGUAUAAUUGUAAUGAUGAUUUCAAAUAUACCGUAUAAUUCUUGAGAUAGUCAGUAGGCUAAACAUUAAAAAUAUAUAAUUACUUAACUUGGUCAUAUUUUAAUCUUAUAAAAUAGAGGUACUUGAUUGAAUAGUAAAUUAACACAGGUUAUGUUAUACUAGCUGGUCACCGCUUGGCCUAAAUUUGUGGAUAUUGCAUUGAUACAAUAUCAAAAUUUUACAUCACAUUUUUACAUUGCGAAAUUUGUAGAAUUAAUAACUACAAUAAUUAUUUCGUUUUUUCCUGUUCUUGUUAUGAAAUAAUGUCACAGCAUAACUGUCAAACUGUUAAAAAUAUCACAAUGUGCAAAAUUUGUUUGUUGAGUUGUGCCUCGAGGACUAUCAACGUGACAUUAAAGAUUUACAAAACAGCCACUAAAUAUGUUCCACACACCACAUUGAAGUGAUUCAAAAAGGAUGGAGUGAUUAAGACCAUAAUUAAAAAUAAGACCGCUAUAUCUCUGUCACUGUGAUUGUCAUUGUCAAAGUGUGUGUAAAUAUUGUCUAAAAGGGUUUCCAAUUGAGACAAUUUCAAAUUACGCGAUGCGCAUGCUCAUAUCUUAGAUCACUUAUACGUCUAGAUACUGUGAUAGCUGUAAAAACUAAAAAAAAAAUGGAGGAAAACGGUUGACCCUAAAGGACCAUCCCUGCAACUUCUCGCUAAUUCCAUACCUAAACGAUUCAAAUUGCACUUAUGACGAGCUUCGAGCUCAAUUUCGAGUUUAAUAAAACACUAUUUAUUUUAUUUUCAAACGGCAAUUACUUUUGAAUGAAUGAACCGAUUUUCACGCAUAUAUACAUACAGACGUACAAACACCAUUGCGAGGAUAGUUAGGGAUGCUUCCUAGGACCUUAAUACCUCUGAUGAAGACUCAAUUUUCGAAAAACGGGGUAAAACGAAUAACUUCCCGAAUUUUGGAAAUUUUUCAAUUUUCUUAGCGGGACGUUAAAAAAUAAAGUUGACGGUUAAUCUCUAUUUUAACCAAUGCACGGAGAACAUUAAGUAACAUACAAAUCGCGAGUGUAACACCUGGCUUGUUUUGAUUGGUUAAGGCUAUCUACACAUACAAAUUAUCUAAGGCUAAUUUUUAUUGUGUGCCCUUUUUAAUAUUUUGAAUUGCUUAAAAUAAUUAUAGUACAUGGUAACAUAUUGGAACCAAAUAAUAAUACUACAUACAUAACUGUCUCAAGUGCUAUCCGGCUGUAGGUCCUAUGAUGUCAAAUGCAAACAUAUUUCCAUAUGUUUUCUCACUUACGAAAUUAUUAUAUUAACUCAUAUUAUGGUCACUGUAAUGUAUGUAAAUGUGCUAAAGUGUAUAAUUAUACUUACUGUCAUUCGUAGCUAAUUUAGAAAAUUAAUAAUAUAUCGUUUAAAUUUUUUAUUUUUUUCAUUAAGUAUUUGUUUUGUAUUGUUUACAUAAUUUAUUUAAGUUUUAUUAUGUAUAAAAUAAAUACGUGAUGAUUU